CCAAUGGCAGCGCGUGUUGUUGGGCUGCCCGCUCGGGGGCGGCGGGGCGGCGGUGGUAGGCGGGGUGCUCCGUCGGGCUGUGGCUGAGCGCGCCGCUACCAUGAGCUCCAUCGGCACCGGGUAUGACCUGUCAGCUUCCACGUUUUCUCCAGAUGGCAGAGUGUUUCAAGUUGAAUAUGCUAUGAAAGCUGUGGAAAACAGUAGUACAGCAAUUGGGAUAAGAUGCAAAGAUGGUGUGGUCUUUGGAGUAGAAAAACUAGUUCUGUCCAAGCUUUAUGAAGAAGGUUCCAAUAAACGUCUCUUUAAUGUCGAUCGACAUGUUGGAAUGGCAGUAGCAGGUCUGUUGGCAGAUGCUCGUUCUUUGGCAGACAUUGCUAGAGAAGAGGCUUCUAACUUUAGAUCUAACUAUGGCUACGAUAUUCCACUGAAGCAUCUUGCAGACAGAGUGGCUAUGUAUGUGCAUGCAUACACGCUGUACAGUGCUGUCAGACCUUUUGGUUGCAGUUUCAUGUUGGGGUCCUAUGAUGAUGAUGAUGGUGCACAACUGUACAUGAUUGAUCCAUCAGGAGUUUCAUACGGUUAUUGGGGAUGUGCCAUUGGUAAAGCCAGGCAGGCUGCAAAAACGGAGAUAGAAAAACUUCAGAUGAAGGAAAUGACCUGCCGUGAUGUUGUUAAAGAGGUUGCAAAAAUAAUCUACAUAGUUCACGAUGAAGUAAAGGAUAAAGCUUUUGAGCUGGAACUCAGCUGGGUUGGAGAAAUAACUAAUGGAAAACAUGAAAUUGUUCCCAAAGACAUCAGGGAAGAAGCAGAAAAAUAUGCCAAGGAAUCUUUGAAAGAGGAAGAUGAAUCAGAUGAUGACAAUAUGUAGCACAUUGUUACUUCCAGACAAGUUCAACUUUUCUUAACUUACAACAGGAAAAAAAGACUGUCUAUUCUAGUCACUUCAGUGUGUUGAAAGACAAGGUAACACACUGUUCUGUUCACCACCUUGAAACUCAGUUAAAACUGAAGUCUUGUUUCAUAUGCAGUUAAAAUUCUAAUGGUCAUCUUAAUCUACAAUGUGUACUUUUCUAAUGAAUCAAACUCCUCAGCUUUAGCACUACACCCUAAUGAUCACCAGCCCUUAAAACAAAAGCUUUCCCUUACAGGUUUAUUUUUAUACAGGGUUUUUUUCCAUUUGAAAAAAAUACCUGGCAUUCUGUAGUCUCCUUUCUAAUGGGUUAAAGGCUAUACUUCAUUUUUGUGACAAGAGGAAGUCAGAGAGAGAUAGGUCUGCCUUCAUAUUUGGUGACUGUCUCCAGGCUUAAGCCUUAGCUGGAGUCAGGCUACCUGAACUUUUGCCUCUCCAGCUGAGCAGAGUUUUCAAAGGCUGCUGGAACUCCUUGAUCAGGUCUGCUUGAGCUAACAUUAAUCAUGACCAUGACAGAUAAAUAGUCCUUCACUAUUUCCUUCUGAAGCAAUAGUGUAGCUGUUGCACUGAGUCAGCCUUUAGUUCUGUGUUGCAUUUCUCCAAACUGAAUUUACUACUGCAGCUCACUGCUGAUUCAGCUGUUUGGUUCAUUAGCAAGUGCCAGUCAGGAAACUAAUGACCACUCUAAAGCUUUAGCUGCGGGUUGAUCUUCCACUCACUGUAUAUGACAGCAGACAGACUACUUUAUUCUCUUCACUUUGUCUUUAUUCUAUACCUAAAAUGUUGCUGACAAACUGCUAAAUGGAAAUCAAAAGCCAUCCUCAUGUGUGGCUAACACGCAUCCAUCUAGUCCUUUCAGUGACAGCCACCCAGUAAGUGUAACAACAGUUACACAAGUUCAGGUUUCAAGGUUAAGUGAGAAGAGCAAGAUCUGUUGUGUAUGUUUACAAGAUAAAGUAGAAGGAAGAUGUUCUAAAGUAUGUGCAGAGAUAGAGGUAGGAACAAAGCCACAUAUUUGUUGAGUCAGUAUUUCUAAAUAGCUAUUCAUGAGAGAACAAGGCCAUCUAAAAAGCUCCUUUGAGGAAGCAUGCUCUUUAUUUUUUUUUUUUGCUUGUUUUGGAAAGGUACAUGGGAAGUCCAAUGCAAAACAAUUUAAGAGUCUGGAUAAUACAUACAAAGUACUGCACAGCAGUCUUGCCUGUCACAACAACAUUUAGUUAAAACAAUAACAAGGUGAUUAUUGCUGUCAGGUUCUUUUCCAAAUUAAAUCACUAAGUUAUCAGACUAUAGGCUCGAUGUGUUUAUGAGAAUGGAUCUUUAUAGAUGGUUAAGAAAAAACCCUAUUACUUCCAGUUCCAGUGACUGUAGAUGGGGAAAGAGGAAAAAAAGUGAGCAUUAGAAGGCAGGGGAAAAAAAUUGCAUUUAUUUAGGAAGGGGGGGUCAAGGAGGAAUAAAGCAGCAAAAUUUCAAUACUGAAAUAGCUUAACUUUAGAAACAGAAAGCUAGUAGGCUUCUGCUUGAUCUGGAAUUAAGUGUUGCUACCUCUUAACAAUAAGGCCCAGGGAACAUUAGAAUAGAGCUCUAGUCCAGAAGGACAGCAAAAAUACUACUGCAAACUCUUCAUUACAGCUGGUUUUAUACCCUUAACCUAGCUGCAGUUCAAACUGGGGUAACUAAUGAAACAACUACAUUGCAUUUAACCACUUACUAAUUUGAAGCUGGUUACUUAAUGCUUAAUUAUGCAGUUGUGCAGUAGCCAUCAUAAUGUUUCACUAAUUUAGUCCACAGCUGAUAGGCUAAAUUCCAACUUUAAUGAAUCUUGCUACCAAGAAUUAUUAUUUGAUUUGUUGCUGUGUCAAACAGUGGAAGUUGAGCAGGGAAAGAAGUCUUCCAAAAAGAAGGAAGUGGCUAUUCAUGGCAACAUAGACCACACAGACUUAAAAAUGCAGUGGGACAGCAUGGUAUCAUUAAACCCCAAUUAAAUGUUGAAGACCAUGAGUGGGGUUUUUUUUCUAUAUACAUACAGCUUUGUGGGGCAAAUCCCUUGGUGAAAGCUAAGCUCCAGAAGGGAUCAAGCUAGACCCGAGAUUAUUUAAGUGAGAACUACACGUUACAGAACAAAAUAAAAUAGUAUUAAAUCUCAACAACAAAAAACCCCAACCAAACUUACUUGUAGCAGAGGCUGUUUUAAGUAAAGGACUAGGGAAAGAAAAGCAUCUAGCUGUACUGUAGAUACUCCCUUACCCUCCAGGCUUCAACAAUAUCUAGGGGGAAGAGUUUGAUUUAAGCCCAGAGAAAACUGAUCAGGUAGCUAAAACAAAGAUUUGAAAGCUUCUACCAGUCACAUUUCCUGUAGCUUUAGCUCUGGAACAUGUCUGGAGAAGGUAUGUCUGCUCAGUUUGUGAGGCAGAAGCUCUGGAAGAGCUAUUCCUUGAGGCAAAGGAUAUCAUACACACCUACUUAAAUCUUACUACUUUUGAGUAAGCUCACUUUGUGAGCAGCAAGAUUCAUAUGCCAAGAGACUAAGGCAGUCCAGCUGGCUGACUAUUCAGAGCUGCUUGCAACACAUGCAAGCCUAAUGUGAUAGACCUCACAGCAGCAGUCUGACUGACCUCUGCAGGCUCCCAGAACCAGCCUUCAGCAACAGAGGCAGCAUGCUUUCCUACAGAAGCAGGGCUUGGAUCCCCUUCCCUAAAAUUAAAAUUAGCUUUUAUAAUUGGCUUGAAAAUGGUCAAUUAUAACUUCAUUGUAUCAGUACAGUGUGAAAGUGUAUUGCAGAGCUAACAAGUGGGCAGGGUAAAAUUUUCUGAACUGGAGAUUUGAGCAAGAGGCGAUUCUUAACAGCCUCAUUUUGAUAAUUUCUGCCCAAAGCACUAGGAAGUUUCAGUUCUAAAGAUAUUAGAAAAGCAUAAUUAGCCCAUACCAAAGUAGCACUUCUUGCUUUGGGCUCUGUAAGUAACCUACUUAGUCCAGACUCUGCCCAUUUAUGGGAAUACAUAAUAGAGUAGAAAGUCAAAUACCCACUUGGAAUGCAUAACUGUAGUUCUUGCCAUUCUGAAACACUUUUAGCUUAAGAGUUUUAAUGGUAUAUUCUGUUGCUUAAGACCCAAAGCACAGGCUUUAACAGAACACUAGAAAGUAAAGACUCUGUAGACCAACUGAUCUCUUAAAGUCAUCCCUCCACCAAGGAGUAUUUUAGAAGGAUGGAUCCAACAAUGACACAAGAGUAGGCUGUACAGUAAGAUGCUUCCUUUCCCUUUAAGUCCUAUACAUCCACUGACUGUUACUCAGCACCUGAUCACUACUGCGAUAUUAAAUAAGACUGGGUAUGUCACAUUCCCCGUUACAAAUAGCCAGCAAGUCCACAUACAGAAACCUAAUUCUCUUGAACAAAGAAGUGGACUAUGGUGAACUGCAGGUGACAAAAAG